UCUUUUAUUAGGCCUGGCAUUAUGAGAUUUCAUUAAACAGUUACAUGUUACAUUUAGGUGACACACAAAUUUCCUGCACAAAAUUAUUGUUUGUUCGACGAACUAUUUAAGGGUAUAAAUAGUUUUCUUAUUAAUAUUUGAAGCUGAUUUAUGACUCCUAUUGUUUUAAAGCGAAACAGCACGUGUAAUAUUUUGACCUUAACGAAGUGUGAUAUGAUAAUGUAAAUUAACCAUUUUUAAUAAUGGCUGUACGAGUUCAAUUUGAAAACAAUAACGAGAUCGGCGUAUUUUCUAAACUAACGAAUUCGUACUGUCUUGUUGCUAUUGGGGCAUCUGAAAAUUUUUACAGUGUCUUUGAAGCAGAAUUAACAGACACGGUGCCAGUUAUCCAUACUUCUAUUGCUGGUUGUCGUAUUAUUGGACGUUUAUGUGUGGGAAAUAAAAAUGGAUUACUGGUGCCAAAUACUGCAACAGAUACUGAGUUGCAGCAAAUUCGAAACUCACUCUCUGAUAAUAUCAAAGUUCACAGAGUUGAAGAAAGAUUAUCUGCUUUAGGUAAUAUCAUCGCCUGCAAUGACUAUGUGGCAUUAGUACAUCCUGAUUUAGAUAGGGAAACAGAAGAAAUACUCGCUGAUACACUGGAUGUGGAAGUGUUUAGACAAACAGUCGCUAGUAAUGUGUUGGUCGGAUCAUAUUCAGUUCUUUCUAAUCAAGGUGGUCUCGUACAUCCUAAAACAUCUGUACAGGAUCAAGAUGAGUUAUCUUCACUCUUGCAAAUACCUUUAGUUGCUGGUACUGUUAAUAGGGGUAGUGAUGUUAUCGCAGCAGGAAUGGUAGUCAAUGACUGGAUCUCUUUUUGCGGUAUGGACACUACAUCAACUGAACUAUCUGUAAUUGAAAACAUUUUUAAAUUGAACGAUAAUCAUUCAUCAACUAUUACUUCAAGAAUACGAGCGUCUCUCAUAGAAAGCAUGUCUUGACGAACUUCUGAACUUGAAGCUUAAUAUGAAUCCUGAAUAAAUCUUGAAAUACCAUAAUGGGACAACUGGAAUUGUCUUAUGUAAAUACUAAAAUAAAUUAAAAAAUUUUUUUAAUACUAAAA